CUUUUUAACAUCUCAGAAAUCAAUAUUGUGAGAUCAAUGACUCUAUGUUGAAGUGCUCACAUGCAGCACAAUCUGUGUCACAAAUACAAAGACCCACAAAAGAAUCAGAAGGACUACACAGACCUUAACACAAAAACAAUACUUAAAAUAGCAUUUUAAUUGACACAGAUCCUUUGGAGAGACUGCAAAAUGAGCAGCUUUACUGAUGAAGAUCUGGACAACUAUUUACAAAAUCAGGUGGACCUCAGGCAUCGGCAGGUUUCAAAGUCGGUAGAAGACGUGCAAAAAAUGAUCAAAGAUCUCACAGCUGAGGUCAGCUCAAAGGAUGCUCGCUUCCAGUCCAUUGCAAACUCUGGAGUUCACAAUACAAGCCUCAAAGAUCAACCAGCUUUAGUGACAAAAUGGGCUACGUUGCUGCGGGGAAGAUGUGCAUACAACCCUGCCAUUCAAGUGCUCACACCAACCUUGUUCCUCAUCUCGGUGCCUCUGCGAGGUCUGAUGGGCUAUAAGCAGAGGCGAACAAGACAAUGGCGAUACUACACACUGAGCGGAUCUCGUCUCAUCUCACCGGUCCGUGAGCCAGAGAAGGUCCAUCAGUGGCUGGAGCUAGAGAGUUUUGUUAACCCUAGUCAAGAGUGGCAUGACACCUGCAUGACCAUUGAAGGUGACAUUGUGCCAGCCAAGGUGGUGAAUGUCUUUAAAGAGCAUCUGGAGGCAUCCAUAAAGACCUGUGGACUAACAAAUAAAGUGAGCAUGCUGGAGUCAGUAGGGUCUGUGGUGCGUGUUGCCGUGGAAACAUCAGAGGCACAAGUGGAGGUAGAACUGGUUCCUACAGUGGAGCUAAUGAACUACUGGCCAAAGAGGGCUCGUUGGCCCCGCCUCUUUCGGAGAUGGCCAUCCGCAGAGCGUGCUCGCUGCAUCAAGUCUUUUGGAUUUAAUUUAAUGGCCACAUCGAACUACCACUGGCUGCUGUCAUUCUCUCGAGCGGAGCAGGUGUUGAUGAGUAAUAUAGAUGGGGAUGGCGGCUGCCGCAGGAAGUGUUAUCGGGUGGUCAGACAACUUAAGGAAGACAUCUGGUGUCCUGGAAGUAAACCUGUCAUCACUGCUUACCACCUACAGACACUGCUGUUCUGGACAUGUGAGAAGUAUCCCUGCACCAGGGACUGGAAAGAUUUCAAGGAAUGUGUAUUACGGCUGGUGCAUAAGCUUUAUAAAUGUGUUAGCCAGCACUAUCUCCGGCAUUACUUCGUACGAUCUCACAACCUUCUGAAAUACACCAAUACAAAUGAGCUUGAUGAUGUUGCAAAGAAGAUCAAUAACUUCUUGGACAACCCAGGAACAUACGUUCAUUAGAAGCUUCCCCUCUGGGUUAGAUGGCAUAGUUCUGGGCUUACUUAAGUGUGUUUCUUAUGUGUGUCAUUAUGAAAUGUUCAGCAGAUCUCAGCUUACUUUACUGUAGGCUGAUGUCAUGAAGGUAUUUAUUAAAAUAGUGACUAAAAAUAAAUAUUAUAUAAAACAAA